CCUUCCUACUGUGCACGCUCACAGAACAGUUGAAGAGCUAAUUCGACGCCAUCAACUGACUGGCUCCCACAGCUGUCUAGCAAACAAUAGCAUUAAGGUACGGUACCUGCUUAGUCGCUGCAGUCGUUGCUGGAAAUUGUUGAACCCGGCAACAAUCUUCUCUGUCUCCUUGUCCGUCAGGAACUUGGAUGUCAAGGCGGCAAUGGCCUCAAGGAAGUUUUCGCCCCAGGCGUUGUCCAUGGUUGGGUCGAUGGAGAGAGGGUGCGAACGAUGAUGGAGAAUGGGGAUGGGGCGACAAAAGGAGACAAGGAGUCUGGAGGAGCACGGACUGCUUUUGGGGUGCAAUUGAGUUCGCAAUGGUCGUGCUCCUUUGAUUUCCAUUGGUGGAAAAAAAGGUUGGCUGGGACAGGCCAGGGAUUUCUUUAUUGGAAAUUGCACAUUGCUAUUUGCGCUUGUCGACCGGUAUGUCAUUAUAGUCCAUUGUUGCGGCACUUGUACCGACGUACUCUCCAUCUUUACACGUCAGCCUUCCUUCAUUGCGAACCCCCUACUCUCCUGAGACUUCUUGGGUUCUUCCUCUGUCUUGUUUUCAGUCUUUACUUUACUCUAUCUUUUCCCUUUUUCGGCCCAAUGUUACUCCUGAUUCGCUUCUCCCUAGGCCUUCCUUUACCGUUGGUCUUAAUGGGAUCCUGCAGAUCGUAAAUACCACCGUUAUCUACAAUUUCACGUCGAGCAUAUUGAUCACUCU